CGCCUUUAAGAGCUCCCCGGUGUUUUGGGGGCCGCGGGCCGGGCGCGCUGACCUGGUGCGCAUGUCCCGGGCGGUGACGCCGGCGCCGGGCUCCAUGUGUGCGGCCGAGGGGCGCAUUAUCUGGCCGGCGGCGCGAGCGGGCGGGCGGACCGGCGGAGCGAGCGCCGCGGGCCCGGGCGGCCCCACAGGCGGAGCUAGCACGCGCGGCCCGGUGCCCCCGGCCCUUCCGCCGCCCGGCCCCGCGGGCGACCCUGGCCCCGCAGCCUUGCGAACCCGCGCGCUGCCUUAGGGCCCGGCCGACCCGCGGCCCGGGCCAACCAGAGAAGGACAUUGAUCUGAUGCGCCAAGGGGAGCCUUUCUUCUACUGGGGUCAGAGGAUGAAGUAAGGGGAGUUAAGUAUGUAAAGAGAAAAAGGAAGAAAGUGCUUGGACUGAAGGAAGAUUGUUGUGGUUGGAGCAGAGACAGUCACUGGGCACUGGAGGCUAGAUGACAGGUAGGUUGUCCAGCACGUUGAUGAAAGUUGCUUCUUGACAUUUCUGCAGCCAUGGCCAACUGGUAGGACCAGCAUCGUAUAUCCCAAAGCCAGGACUACUGCAGAGAGAAGGUCACUCAGUCUGGGGUCUUUGAAGGCCCAGGGAGCUCCUUACCAAGUGGCUGGGCCUGGAGCCCAUCCUGAUAAGUUCAGAAUGACUGAAGAAGCAUGCCGAACACGGAGUCAGAAACGAGCACUUGAAAGGGACCCAACAGACAACGAUGUGGAGAGCAAGAAAAUAAAAAUGGAGAGAGGAUUGUUGGCUUCAGAUUUAAACACUGACGGAGACGUAAGGGUGAUACCUGAGCCAGGAGCAGACCCAGCCCAAGGAUUGCUGAGGGCAACAGAGGCUACGGGCAGAAGUGAAGGACUGGUGGGUGAUGGGCCUGUGGAUAUGCGCACCUCACACAGUGAUAUGAAGUCUGAGAGGAGACCCCCAUCACCUGAUGUGAUCGUGCUCUCUGACAACGAGCAGCCUUCUAGUCCUCAGGUGAAUGGACUGACCACGGCAGCCUUGAAGGAGACCAGCACCGAGGCACUCAUGAAAAGUAGUCCCGAAGAACGAGAAAGGAUGAUCAAGCAACUGAAAGAAGAGUUAAGAUUAGAAGAAGCAAAACUCGUUUUGUUGAAAAAGUUGCGGCAGAGUCAAAUACAAAAAGAAGCCACCACCCAGAAGCCCACAGGCUCUGCAGGGAACACUGUGACUACCCCUCCCCCGCUCGUGCGGGGCACGCAGAACAUUCCUGCUGGCAAGCCCUCACUUCAGACCUCUUCAACUCGAAUGCCUGGCAGUGUUAUCCCUCCACCCCUGGUUCGUGGUGGGCAGCAGGCGUCAUCGAAGAUGGGGUCGCAAGCAAGCUCACAGGUCGUCAUGCCCCCGCUUGUCAGGGGGGCUCAGCAAAUCCACAAUAUCAGACAACAUUCCAGCACUGGGCCGCCACCCCUCCUCUUGGCUCCUCGGGCAUCUGUGCCCAGUGUGCAAAUUCAGGGACAGAGAAUCAUCCAGCAGGGCCUCAUCCGUGUUGCCAACGUCCCCAACACCAGUCUGCUCGUCAAUAUCCCACAGCCCACCCCAACAUCACUGAAGGGGACUACAGCCACCUCUGCUCAGGCUAACUCCACCCCUACCAGCGUGGCCUCCACGGUCACCUCUGCUGAGUCUCCAGCUAGCCGACAGGCAGCUGCCAAGCUUGCACUGCGCAAACAGUUGGAAAAGACGCUGCUCGAGAUUCCCCCUCCCAAGCCCCCUGCCCCAGAGAUGAAUUUCCUGCCUAGUGCUGCCAACAAUGAGUUCAUCUACCUGGUCGGCCUGGAGGAGGUGGUACAGAACCUACUGGAAACUCAAGCAGGCAGGAUGUCGGCCGCUGUCAUGCUGUCCAGGGAGCCCUACAUGUGUGCCCAGUGCAAGACAGACUUCACGUGCCGCUGGCGGGAGGAGAAGAGCGGCGCCAUCAUGUGUGAAAACUGUAUGACAACCAACCAGAAGAAAGCGCUCAAGGUGGAGCACACCAGCCGGCUGAAGGCUGCCUUCGUGAAGGCACUGCAGCAGGAGCAGGAAAUUGAGCAGCGGCUCCUGCAGCAGGGCGCGGCCCCCUCACAGGCCAAAGCUGAGCCCGCCGCUGCCCCACACCCCGCACUGAAGCAGGUCAUAAAACCUCGGCGUAAGUUGGCGUUCCGCUCAGGAGAGGCCCGCGACUGGAGUAACGGGGCCGUGCUACAGGCCUCCAGCCAGCUGUCCCGAGGCUCUGCCAUAACGUCCCGUGGUGUCCUACACACAUUCAGCCAGUCACCCAAACUGCAGAAUGCAGCCUCAGCCACAGCCCUGGUCAGCAGGACAGGCAGACAUUCCGAGCGAGUUAUGAGCACUGGCAAGGGCAGCACCACCUCCAACUGGAAGAAGACACCCCUCAGUGCAGGUGGGACCCUUGCAUUUGUCAGCCCAAGUUUGGCAGUGCACAAGACCUCUUCAGCUGUGGACCGCCAGCGAGAGUACCUCCUCGACAUGAUCCCACCACGCUCCAUCCCUCAGUCAGCCACGUGGAAAUAGUGCGAGCCAGGCUCAGCAGAGGACAGGCUCCCUCCUCCUUCCCACCUGGCCCUGGUCUAGAAGUACACACCAGUCUAGAAGUACAUGCUGCUCCACCCUCUGCUUGUUUGGAAAAACACCAUGCUGGCCCUAGAGAGCACUGCAGAUGCCAGAGCCAGAUUCUUGGCUGCAAAGUCCCAGCGUGCCUAGGUGGGGUGGGGUGGGGUGGAGCUGGAGCUGCCUCACAGGUGGACAAAGGUCAUGACUGAGGGACCUUUCCCAUGGGCUAUCUUCCUUUCUCUCUUUGCCUUUAGUUUGCCCGACACCAGCAGAAAACGUGGACCUUGGGGGCUGGUCCUGCUCCCGGCCCCCUUGUUCGGCCCCUGGCAGGUGCACGGGCGGCUCACCCUGGACACUGUGAUGAGCUUGGGCGAGGCUGGCGCCCCGGGUUUCUGAACCAAGCGGGGCGUUUUUUGUUUUUGCUUUUCCCUGUCUUAGCCUCCCAAUCUCUGACUGCCUUUCUCCAUGACAAUUUAUAGGUCGAAAGAUUUUUUUUUUUUUAAUCACCUCAUAAUGAUGGAGUUAAAAGUAAACCCUGCAGACCCCAAGGUCCCUGUCGUGCACAGAGUUGUCCUACUAGCCCCAUGCUCUGGAGGGUGGGUCCCUGAUGGCAGCAGGGACCGCCAGUCUGCCCCAGUGACUUAUGGAAGCAGGGAUGGCCAACAGAGCCCUGGCUGUAGCCGAAAACCUCUGUUGCUGCUCAUUCAGGUGAACUGCCAGGCCUCCCACACUUAGCAGAAGAACAAACUGAAUACAAGAUCCAGCUACAGAACCAGGGAUUCCGGAAGCAGCGAGCUGCUCACAAAGGAGGGAAAAGAGAAUGGAGUUGGCAGCACUGCCCAGAAGUCUGAGCAAGAAGAUGGAAGGAUGGGCUGUUGUGGGGUUUCUUUUUUGUUGUUGUGGUUUAUUUUAUUAAAAUUUUUUUCUUUUCCUAUUCAUCUUGAUGGACACAAUUUUAAGCUACUCUGGCCAUGCUCCUCAGGUGAGCAUGCACAGGUGUGUCCAGGAGGCACAGUCCAGGUGUGUGGUGAGCUGCUGCCCCCAGACUCUAGGAUUUCCGUUUGGGUCUAGUUUAGAAUUUCUCCUUAAAGCUGGGGGUUGUUGUCAGGGUCUGUGUUAAAAAAAAAAAAA